AUGAUUGCGAAUUUGUGUGACAUCCGUUGGGCAGUUGACAUCUUCGCUGCCUUGCAGCAAGGAGUGAAGGUCAAGAUUGAACAUGGUGGCGUAUUCCAAGCGCCAACGCCAGACACUAUCCUUUAUGAUGCUGAUCGCAUUUAUCUCCUACUUGCCAAACAUCCAGCGUUCAUCCCACUUAACUUAUGUUUGAUGUUAUCGGAAAGGUAUCGUCAGUGCAACGAAGAUGGUGUAACUGCCGGUCAUCAACGUUCAUUCUCAUGUUAUCCAAUUCCAAUCUUCGCAUUACCAUUACAUUCACGAGAGUGA